AUGGGUACAUGUUUGAGCAAGAAGAAAGGGUCCUCUACUUCCUCCUAUGCUGGAGCCAAAUCAGUUUCCACAGCCCCUUCUCAGCAGCAAAGGAGUUCUGAGAACAGUGUCACUGUUACUCUCUCUAAACCCUCUGAGCCAGAAUUGAAUCCUAAGAAGAAGAAGACAGUGGAAGAAAAACAAGACCCAAAAGAAGCAAAAGUAGAUGAAAGUCAAGGGAAAACAGAGAUAUUCAUAAUCAAACACAGGAAGAGCCAUGACGAUAGGGAAAGAGCCUCCAAAAUCUCACCUUGCAUUGCUCCAUCAGCGGAACAAGGUGAUGCAAAUGAAGAAGCAAUAAUGGGUAACAGGAUUGCACCAUCCACACCAAACAUGGGUGUGGGUGUGAGGACUUCAAGCUGCACCAAAGAAGAGGUGGAUGCAAUUCUGAUCCAGUGUGGAAGGCUUAGCAGAAGCUCUUCUGGCAAAGCUGCUACUCCUUCUGGAAGAAAGUACUCAGGUUCAAAAAGAAGUUUUGAUUUUGAUCACUGUGACAAUGAUGCAAUUUCUGCUGAAGAUGACCAAAGGAAAGCCAAUGGCAAUGACAACAACAGUGAGGAAAAUGAUGGGGUGGUGGUCGCCUCAGAAAACCGUCACCACCGGCCGCGGCACCGCCAAUCCCCAAGGCGUUCUUCUCCUUCUCAGGGAAGGAGAAGAACUCCCAGCAGGGAAAGGGAGCAACAAUGCAGCAGCAGAGAAAGAAGAGUGAGUAGAUCUCCUGGUAGAAGAUCGUCUGAGACCAAUGCUAAUGCAAGUGCAAGUAACAACAACACAAGUUCUACUAGGCCUGGCAAAAUGGUGUCAGUUCCUGCCACUGUUUCAUCAUUAGUUAUGGAUAAGAGUAACAAUGGUGGUGGAGAAUCUGGAAAGAGGAUCAUUGUUAAGAGAAAUGUUGGUGAUGGUGGAAAUGGGGUGGUUGGUGGUUCAAGAAGUGCAGCAUCUCCACGUGCUCAAUCACCUGCAAGAGCUAAUGGGAAUGUUGCAAAUGCUAAGGUGUUGGGGGAGAAUCAGCAACAACAACAACCAUCUCUUAGCCGCAACAACUCUUCAAGGAAAGCAGAACAAUCUCCUUACAGAAGAAACCCUCUGAAUGAGGUUGAUUCCAACACAAACAAUGGCAGCAGCAAGGUGCAAAACAAAUCCAAGAUUGAAGCAGAAGGCAAUCAGAAACCAAAUGGGAGAGUUGCAUUGGAGAAGGGUGUGAGUGUGGAUAGCAAGCCAAAGGGACAACAUGAGGAAGAGAUCAAGGUACUGUCUUCAGUGCCAUCAACAGGGGUUGACAAUCUCAAACCCCAAGGUUUAACAAGAAGCAGAUCUUCUAGAAGAUCUAGGGACUUAGACAUCAAUUCUGAAGCUCUUGUGAACCCUCCACCGUCCUACACCUCCUUACUGCUUGAGGACAUUCAGAACUUCCAUCAAAAGAACCCUUCACAACCCCAACAACCUUCUAUUUCUCUCCCAGCUUGUCUCUCCAAAGCUUGCUCCAUCCUUGAAGCUGUUGCUGAUCUCAACUCAACAACCAGCUCAAAUUUCUCUGGUGCCUUCUCUGAGGACAAGAGAAGUCCAUCCACUCAACAAUCUAAUGAGUACAAUGUUCAAUUAGGUUCAAAUGCCCAUCAUUAUGGGAAGAAAGUGCCAAAUACCAAAGACCCUUUUAUAGAAUCUGAGGUAGUUGUGAGUGAUGAUGUGAUGGAGCCAAGUUUACAUAAGUAUGUGACAGUGAAGAGAGGUGGUUCAGUUGGUGGGGUAGACAUGGAGGACCAAGAGUCUUCAGGUAGUAACAGCUUCACCGUGAGUAGUAGUUGUCAACAUCAUUGGAGCAUUUCAUCUUCAUCAUGGGAACCCAAUUCAGCUGACUCAACAGAUUGCUGGACUUCAAGAUUGGACUUAGGCUUGGAAAGUGGUACUAGUUUGUCAUCUGAAGCAAAGAAGAGGAGUUUGAACAACAAAAAGAGAGAGUGUGAUCAUGAGCAUAGCAGUGGCAUUGGACGUGGUAGGCUUGGUUCCAAUAAAGGUCUUCGCACGUUACCUGCUGCAACAGCUUAG